AUGCCGUCAGUCCAGACACUCGUGCAACCUUCACCGGUUGCUCCCAAGGAUCAUGUGGACCAUUCCGUAGACGCCACAGAUGCGGAAAGCGAUGCCUCGGCACUACCAUCGGUGUCAGACUACCUCGAAGCCUUACCAGCUAAGCACCUGGAACCGCUCUGGUCUAGAAUGGAUGCCAUGGUCCCUCGGACACCUAAUCCAGUUGCAAAGCCCUAUAUCUGGAAAUACAAGAAUACGUUGCCAUUACUGUCAGCCGCAGGGCAGCUGGUGCCGGAGGAGGAAGCAGAGAGGAGGGUCUUGAUGCUUGUGAAUCCCAGCAUGAGUAGGUUCAACCACACAACUAUUCGUGUGGUACACUUUGUAUUUUUGAAUUAUGAUAUGGUGUGCUCAACCACCCCUAUUUUCGGCGGUAUGCUUACAAGGUUUCAAUAUGCAGAUGCUCCUCACACAACGGACACAAUCUAUGCUGGCCUCCAGCUUGUCAAUCCUGGCGAGACGGCGCCUGCCCAUCGUCAUACGGCGUACGCAUGCCGCUUCAUCAUCUCCGGUGAAGGUUUCACAGCUGUUGAAGGCAAGAGAAUGCCCUUAAUUAGGGGUGAUGUCGUGGUUACACCUUCCUGGCACUGGCAUGAUCAUGGAAAUGAAAGCAAGAAUCCAGUUAUAUGGUUAGACGCGUUGAACCUGCCCCUUUUUACAUAUGCUCGAGUGCACUUUGCAGAAACCUACGCCGCUAGUCGAUAUCCCAGCACGUAA